AAGUUCGAUUUUUUUGCGCGCGAGUAUAUCGGCUCGCUUCUCUUCAAUCAUUUGUAGUUUCGGGCAGCUCAUCACUUCCUGCAUUUCCUCCAUCGAGUCUCAGUCACUCUCGCGCCAUUUUCAGUCGUACCACGAUUCGUACAUCCUUCUUCAGUGAUCCGAGAGAUAAAACAUUUUGUAAGACAAUUAUCAGCAUAUUUCCAGAAUUAAUGCCAGUUUAUUUUAAAACAUUAGUUUAUUUAGACAUCGAUCGACACAAGCUUAGGAUUUUGGCAACUUGUUUUAAAAAAAAGUUUAGUAAUAACUCGAUUGAAAUUUUUCCAGGACUGUCAUCCGUUUAUUUUAGAAGUUCACUUCAGUGGAAUAUCGAUCAACAAGCGCUCAGGACUUCCAUUAGUUUGUUUUUAAAAAAAGAUCAGUUCAGUAAUAAAUCGAUCAACCUAUUUCAAGGAUCUCUAUUAGUUUUUGUUUUAAAGAGAAUAAGUUUAGUAAGAUACUGAUCAACGCGUUCCCCGGAUUUUAAUUUGUUCAGAGGAUUAUUUAAGAAAGUUGAAGGAUUAUCAAGACUGCAAGAUGACCCAGCUGCAGAGAGGAAGUUGGAUCCAAGAAAAAUUAGACAUCCUUAAAAGUGAAUUCAUCGAAGAUGAUGUUGUGGACAACUGGUUCUUGAUGAGUAGUACUUGGCCAAUUGUGACUAUUAUCGGUGUAUACUUAUUCUUUUGUCUCAAAUGGGGUCCCAAAUAUAUGGAGGAUAAAAAGCCUUUCGAAAUGAAGUGGAUAUUGUUGGCAUACAAUUUAUUUCAAGUUAUUUUGAAUGGAAACCUCGUAUGGCAGCUAUUCACAACUCCUGGAAGUAUGAGCUACGUCUCGAACCACGUGUGUAACCCUCUUGGAAAGAAUAAUCCACUCUUCAUGUCUGUUUGUUCUGGGUCCUGGAACUACCUCAUGUUGAAAGUGACGGAUCUGCUCGCAACGGUAUUCUUCGUUCUCAGGAAGAAACAAUCUCAAAUAAGCUUUCUUCAUGUCUAUCAUCACACUCAGAUGGUUUUCAUAGCAUGGGCUUACCUAAAAUAUCUGAAAGGUGAACACUUUGUGCUCAUUGGUGCACUGAAUGCCUUCGUACAUGUCGUAAUGUACUCUUAUUACUUUUUAGCAGCUCUAGGACCAAGCGUGCAAAAGUAUCUUUUUUGGAAAAGAUACAUCACAAAACUUCAAAUUGUUCAGUUCCUGAUGGUACUGGCAUACUUCUGUGCUUUGAUAUGGUUUCGAUGUGGAAUCCAACGCUCGCUCGCCAUCUACUGCGGACUCAACGUUUUCUUUUUCCUCAUUCUUUUCCUCAAUUUUUACUCGAACGCUUACAACAAAAAAAGAGGAGUCCGAGCGGGUCGGAAAAAAAGCCAUUAAGCAUACUUCCGUUUUUUAAUCGCUGUCAAUUCAUUCAACUGCACAGAAAAAAUUAAAUUGCUGAUGUAACAAUUCAAUUGAGAGAAAAAGUGAUGACAAUUUUUCAAUGUAGAUUUUACAACAAAAAAAUGCUACUUUAACCACACCGUGGUUAAAUUAGCUUACAAUAGUGGUUACAGUAGCACUAUAUUGUUGUAAAAUCUACGUUUAAACAUUGCAGUUACUUUUUUAGCGAUUCAAUUGUUUAUUCAGCAAUUCAAUUUUUUCCUUGUGUAUAAAGAGAACUUUGGCUGAGAGUUCGGCUUACGUUCUUCUAUUGAGAAGUUCUGGAACGUGUAAAAUAUCAUUUUCCACAGGGUGCAGUUUCAUUGGUAAUGAUUGAAGAUUGAACUAAUAGAUGAAAAAAACCGUCGAAAAACUUAUCUUACAUUGAAGGGGAAAAUGUGUCUUUGAUACAGAGUCGUUUCUUUAAAAUUCAAUUUAAAACAUUUUUUUACCAUUUUUCAGUACGAAACUGAAUUGUGUAAGAUUUGAGUACAAAUCAAAUGAGUUUUGAUACUAAGCUCGAAACUUCUAAAUGGGUUGGGUCCGAUGCUGUGUUGUCAGUUCAUCAACCUGGGCUCAGCCGUCAAAUUGAUGGAACGCGAUGAUCAUACAGGACCUUGACAUUUUUUUCACCAAUACUAUUCCCUCCUAAACUCUUUCAAUAUUAUCUAUCAAAGAAUUGCCGUUUUUGAUACGUAUGACGUAUUGGUGCGUUAAGAUUGAACGUCAACGAAACGAUGGUUAUGUUCGCAACCGAGAGGCUCGGGUGUAAAAACACCUUCGGAUAGUUCUGAACCUUGGAAUAGAAUUUGGUUUCGAUCGGCUAUGGAGCGUUGAUAGACGGUGAGUGAGUUCAAAAAUUGAGAGGAUCGUAAUUCAAAAAUUGAAAUUUAAGCUGCUUUUCUUAAAAGUGAGGCCACUGAAGUCCAGAAGUUAUUCUGGAUUAUCUUUUAAUAAACCUUCGUUUUGAAGAAGAGGGGAAGGGCUUUAGUCCCUGGUUAUAACUCGUGCCACCGUUAUGAGAGUGUCUCGGUUUGUGUGGUUUACGUUCAACUGAGGACUACAUUUUACAACUAGGAACUACAAUUUCAGGCUCAGAUGUAAAAACACUUAUGUUCAUAGGAAACCUGAUGGCACGCACGUCGUUUCUAAACUCAACCAGACAUUGUAGUUCCUAAUAGAAAAAUGUUUUCUAAAUAAUAAUGAUAAACUAUCAUGAGACUACUUAAGUCAUUAUAAGUCUGUGCUGUCACAGGGGUUAACACCGGUAACAAUAUGUAUAUACCCGGCAUAGUUCUUGCUUUGAUAUUUAUUUUGAAAAUGUGUAUUUAUUUUUAGUUCCUAGUCGAUGAAUGGGUUGAUGUCAUCUAGGCACAUCCCAGGUGUUUGUUUAGUUUUUUACCUUGUUUGAUUUAAUUUUGUUGCCUUAAGUCAAUUGUCAUGCUAUUUUUAUACUUAUAUUACUUUUGUAAUAAAGAGACAAAAUUUGAGUGCAAUCACUCAUUCAGAGAUGAAA